GUUCUGCCAUGGCCAGCGAAGAGCCCGGAUCUCAAUCCCAUUACAACUCUUUGUUUGCGGGGUUUACGCAUCAGCCAAGCUUCUGGGAGAGUGCGAUGGUUCUCUUUUGGCUAGUGGGAAGGCAACCAUGAACAGCCAUCCAUGAUGCUGUGGUGAUUGACAUUUAACCGUACCUGUUGCGGGUCCAAGGCUUAGCUGGCUUUUAGGCGCGCGAUGGUGUCCUUGGAGUGGGUGUAGGCCAUGAUGUCCUUGUACUUCCACGAUGCUAGCCCAGCCGUGGGCAGACCUAACCUGAAGGCAAAAUCUCUCCGCGUCUUGAACACUGGUGGGGGGUUCCAGGGUUCUGAGAAUGGGGGUGGCAAAAUACUGUUCAAAGUAGCUGACUAGUUAGUUGUAAGGGGAGGCAAUUUUUAUCGCAUGCACCAGUCAGUAAAGGAAGAGGUGGGGAGUAUGGGAUGUAGGUUAGAGGAAGUUGUGUAGAGUAGACUACGGUUUAGGCACACAGGUUUGAAUGUCACGUUGUGGAUGAUAGGUCUGUGUGAGGAGUGUUUAGUGGAGGAAACAGUGGAGUGUGUGGAUAUUUUGUGAACAGUAUGAUGCAGAUAGGGAGAGAUUGUGUCAAAGGAUUAGAGAGGCUGGUUGGUGUUUGGGUGGUGUAGUGGGGGAAGGGAAGUGGUGUCUAGGGCUUUAUUUCACGUUCUUACUGGAACAUGAAUAAUUACAAUAAUUUAAUGUCGGUAAACCAUGACUGGCCUUACACUCCAGUACAGUAGGUGGCGGGGUAUGCACCUUAAAAGUUGGAUGCGAUCCGCCAACCCAAUCCCGAAGCAGAAGAAGAAGAAGAAUAGUGCAACGACCAGAAGAGCAGUCCAUGGCUUCUUCAGACGUCUUUGUUGCUGCUGCUCGAAAAUGUCUACGAGUUGGAAAGAAACGCUUCUCUGCCACUGUGAGUCUGAACCUGGCUACUCAGGUCCUGGCUGUGGACUUGGGCCUGAAGCCCGCUCUGCUAUAUGACAGUAAUACAGCGUCUGCAGAGCAGGUCCAACAGUAUUUAAACUCUCUGCAGGCUGCACAACUUGUGUCUAAAUCUCUCCAGACAGUGGUCAUCAGUGAGAAUUCCUUGAUUGUGAACCCAUCCCUAACUAUAGCAAACUUGGAGGCACUUCUCUUGAGGAGGACUGUGACUGUGGUGGAUGUAUGUCACUCAUUGGAGCAGCCUGCCAUCACUGAGUUACAGUGGGGAGCCAUCAGGGACAUGAUUCAUGCUUUACUUGCUCAUAUUAGACAGUUUGGGCAACAUUCUGCGAUGAGAAAUGUCCCUCACCGAAUUGAAAAGAGACAUUGUGAGGCAUGGAAUCUGUGUACUCUAUUUGGGAUUCUAUUGGGCUACCCCUCCACAUACUGGUUUGACCAGAGCAGGAGCUUUGAGAACUGCCUAGCUAUGUCUCCGCUGGUGGUGACCAAGGCUGUGGCAUCCUGGCAGGGUGGUGGUUCUGGAGUUGAGGGUCACAGGUGUUGCCUGUAUUCCUUCAGCACCCCAGAGAUGUUGCAGGCAGAGAUUCUGUCAGUGAUGGCUAGCUGGACUACACAGCUUCAGGAACGAUUUCAGCAACAGACAAUCUUCUCUGACCUCAGUGUGACAAGAUCAACUGUCACCUUACCUUCUGUGGCUCUAUGAUUAUAAUGGCACUUUGUGGAUGGAUAUUGUAUGAAAAAAUGUGACGGUAUUUGUAUUUUGGAUAUUGUCUGUAAAACAAUUGAUAAGCAAACAUUGAAGCAGUUGUUCAUGUUUCCAAACUGAUUUACAUAAUCAAUUUGGAAACACAAUUUAUUUAAAAUAUAAAUGCAUUUGUGAGGGAAGUUUACACCAAUGACUACAUCAAGCUUGUGGCUACAAACUUGUUGGAUGCGUUGCAUUUUGUUUUGGUUGUGUUUCAGAUUGUUUUGCCCAAUAGGAACUGAAUGGUGAAUCAUUAAUAUUGUUUCAUUUUGGGGUCACUUAUUGUAAAUAAGAAUGUAUGUUUCAGAACACUCCUACAUGAAUGUGUAUGCUACCAUGAUUAGGAGUAAUCAUGAAUAAAUUGUAAAUGAUGAGUGAGAAAUUAAGAGGCACAAAGAUCAUGAUCUUUAUUCCUGAUUUUGGGGGAAUUUAAUUUUUUAUUUAACUAGGCAAGUCAGUUAAGAACAAAUUCUUAUUUACAAUGAUGGCCUACCCCGGCCAAACCCUAACCCGGACGACACUGGGCAAAUUGUGCACUGCCCUAUGGGACUCCCAAUCACGGCCGGUUGUGAUACAGCCUGGAAUCGAACCAGGGUCUGUAGUGACACCUCUAGCACUGAGAUGCAGUGCCUUGGACCACUGUGCCACUCAGGAGCCCAAAAUAGUAUAAUAUGAUCAUCAUUAUUCAUGAUUAUCUGUAAUCAUGGUAGAAUCCACAUUAGUGUUCAGAAACAUUCUAUUAUUUUUUACCAUAAGUGACUAUACAUUAUUCGCCAUUCACUUCCUUUUGGGCAAAACAAUCUGACACACAACCAAAACAAACUGCAUAUGCAUCCAACAAGUUUGUAGAGUCACAAGCUUGAUGUAGUCAUUGUGUGCUAGGAAUAUGGGACCAAGUACUUAUUACUUUUUCAAAUGGGUGAACUAGAUGCAUAAAAUGCCUUCAUUUCUAAACAAUAAAACAUAUUUAUGAAAAUACCCUCAAAUUAAAAGCGACAUUCUAUACUGUCGGCUCAUAUGAAACAUUUGAUCUCAAAUCCAAAAUGCUGGAGAAAAGAGCCAAAAACAGAGAGGAGUGUUUAUACUAGUUAGAUAAAAUGGUGUACAGGCUAAAGGCGUAUGCUUCUCAGCCUAAACAGUUCGGUAGAGUUCGCGUCUAGAUUGACAUUUUGUGACGGUUUUUGUUUGUUUUGGACUUCGGUGAGUUUUUUUUAAAUUUGUGCUGUUUGGGGGCACAAUUCUUUUCUGGAAGCAAGCCGAAGUUCUGUGCUGAAGUCUACGCCCCUUCAUCGGUGAUUGGUCAACAGUAAGGAUUCUUCACUCUUUGUUGUCAUUCAAAACAAUGCAACUCGUUUUCAUGCACAUUGAAUAAUACUGCACCUGACAUGUAAUUAGUUAGAUGUAAAAUUGUGUGACUAAUCUCUUUGGCAAAAACGUAAAAAUGAAUGAAAGAUUUCUUGACUUAUAGGUUAAUUCUUUCUUCUAAGACUUUUGAAGAAGUGUAUACUGGCUACGUCUUAAAAUGUACAAUGAGUACUUUUGCCGCUUUUAUUUCUCUUUUUCAAGCAGUCUUAAGGAAGUAUGUGAGCGCACUCGUUCGGGUAGCCAAGUCUGGCUAGGCACCAGCCGAACUGAAGUAUGCUGACAACUUAAGUGGAAAGUAGAAUAAUAACCAUUCAUUUUUAUGGAUGAUUGUUACUUCCAUCAAUAUGGCGGGUGCUAACUUCAGAAUAGCGCCCUGUCAGCCAUAAAGCAUAUCCUCCAUUACUAGUAGGGUUUCCCAUAGACGUCAUAGAAACAAGCUUCCAUCUCUCCAGCCCAACGUCCUGAGGCUGAUUGCAUUGCUGCCUGGAUGACCAAGAGGUAGAGCCCAUUGAGUAGUUCAGUUGUCAGUGUCUAUGGAUUAGUGACCGGAGUCCUAGUAAGGCCAUCUGCCUGUCUCUGGUCAGUGGGGCUGAAUGACUGACAGUACCUCCCAACAAUGAGCACGGCACUCUGCCAGGUGGUCGGCCCUGGUAGGCUCGUUGUUCAAGAUGGCCAUUGGGAUCUUCUGGUCAGCUGCUGCCAGUAGGAAUCUGUACCCGGAAUACACCUAGAAAAAAACAAGGAUUUGUGCCUAGUAGAGCUGACGAGACUAGGCACUGCGUAUAUACUCUGCGUGCUGCAUAGGUCGCCUGUCUGUGCGAGCAUAGAGACCCACCCCACCUGAGCGGUAGUUUGGGAUGCCAUACUCUGUGGAGAUCCCAGCUCCAGUGAUGACGAAGAUGCAUGAAAAAAGAAGGCACAGCUCCAGUGAUGCACGAAAAAAGAAGGCCUCUAGCCGCUCCAUUGAUGGUGCUGCUGGCGGACACGAAGCUCUGGAUACCCGCGGGAACAGAUGAUGUUGCCCGCCUCCCAGGGGCCGCACCACUCAGUGUCACUCAGUGUCCGGGGUCUCCUCAGCAACUGCAUCUGCAUUGAGUACAUAGUAAGAUUUAUGGUUUUUGAGUGUUGUUGUUUUCGGAUACACCUUUCAAAAAAAGGAACCUGUUGGGAUCAAAGUGUUUCAGUGGGAAUGUCUAAAGAGCAAAUGUCACUCAGACCAGAUGAGAUUGUCAAUUAAGGAACACAUGACGGGCGUAAUGAUACCUCAUCACAAGUUUGUUACAUCUCUCAUUCUAAAUACAAUAUUAUUAGGGUCACCAAGCGAUAAUUAUAAAGCCAAGUUAGGAAUUUAGGAGUUAUCUGACUCAGUAAUUGUUCACUUUGUCUAUUACAGUAUUCGACUGUAAACAUACAAAACGCUUUAGUCAAGACUGAUGUUUUGUUUACGAAAUCUGGCUUAUUGAACUCGUCAUCAGCUGGGAACCCCUUCAAUUUGAUGAGGUUUUUUUGACAAGGUUAAUUGGAGGGAAACCGAUAAGAAGCAUACAACCGCAACAGGCAUAAAGUACACAUUGAAAGGAGCUAAUACAAUUCAGUGUCAUGUAACGUACCUUAUAAUGACACGAGGUACAGCAUAGCUUUCGUUUCAGUACCAUGGAGUGAAUCCUUACCACCGCUACACUUGGCUAUCAGCGAAGCCUUGAAUGGCAGCGAAACAGUUAAUUCGGCCACAUUUAUGCCUUAAAAAAGAUAUGGCUGACUUGCUUAAUUUCUACUGACAAUUGAGAUGUACAAACUAUGGCAUAAGGGGACAACGAGCAGAUAAGAGGCAAUCUGUAAUUUCGAUUAAGACAAUGAGCGAGCUAGGACAGACAUAAUCAAUAACCUAUUUGUUUUGCACUUUGGAAAUGUACAGCGAUAGUUUUCAGCACAUGGGCCGUUCUUACAGUGUACUCCCUGUACACCAAGUCAGAACCGUAGGAUAAAUAAAGGGGGCAUAUAAGCAGACAAUGAAAUCUCUUACAAUAUUAGGCUAUUGGUUACAUGUGCACCACCAAGUCAGGACAGUAGGCUAAGUUAUGAGGGGGAAAGGGACCAAAUUAUUAGGGUGAGGCACAUGGGCUGCUAACAGCUUACUACACAACAUACACUUAGUAUUAUUUUCUUAGCUACAGUAUACAUAUCUCCCGUUAAUGUUGAUCCAUGGAGGCAAAAAGGACAAUGUCGGAGUUUAAUUCAAUAAGAGAAAAGCUGCGAAAUGGAGAGUUUGAAAUAAAGAGAAUGGAGGGCCAGAAAAAUAAUAUUUGGGAAAGAUUCGGUGAAGUGGUAAAAGAAGAUGAUAGCAGUGCCAGUGUUGUGCCGAAAUGCUUCCCCCUGACAUAAUUCUCCCCCCUAGUGAAGGGUCGUUCGCGAACGAGUCGGCUCAAAAAUUGAGAUAUGAAAAAUCUAAAUAUUUAAAUUAAUAUAAUUAACUAAUUCAAAGAACAAAAAAAUAAAUAAAAUAAUAUAGGCCUAAAUGCUCAAGCACACACACAUUCGUUUUGACUGUCUGCUCAGACGAACAGCCUCACCUGUUGUUCCUGUCAAUCAGACACGCAGUGUCAACCAAUGAACCAAAGAUGCGUGAGGGAGGGCCGCGCUAACACUCAGCAGCUGAGGGAGGACAGCUGUGAAAACAACAGCUGGAAAAUGAGUCGGAAGCACAGUAGCAUUUGGAUGCAUUUUAAUGAUGUAGACAAUGUUAGAGUACAGUGUAGAAUUUGCCAAAACAAAAUCUCAUAUAAAGCUGGUUCUAUGCACAACCUACACCGGCAUAUGCGAACUGUGUACCCAACUGUGAAGCUAACUGUAGCGGAGCUACGGGAAACUUGUGGGCCUGCUAGUGAUAGUGGUGGAGUCAGCACCUCCACACGUGGAGAUGUAUCCACUCAGUCAAGUAGGCCUACUCCACGACCCACAGCAAUGCAAUGUUCUAUGGACCAGUUCAUGCCAAACAAGGCCAAAUUGAUAUUGCAUUGGCUAAAAUGAUUGCCACCGAUUUCCAGCCAUUUUCGAUUGUGGAGGACAGAGGUUUUAGAAAUUAUAGUAAUAGUCUAAAUACAAUGUACACAAUUCCAAGCAGGAAAACCGUUUCAAAAUCACGUAUUCCACAACUGUACGAGAGCACACAGGCUUCAGUGUGGGAAAGAGUUUAAAAAGCUACUGCAGUUUGCCUUACUACUGACUCCUGGACAUCAAGGGUAAGCACUUCUUACAUGUCGGUUACAUGUCACUUCAUUGAAGAUUUUUCGUCUAGCUGUCUUCUGGACUGCUUUGAGUUCAGCGACAGACACACCUCAAAGAAAUUGGCAGAGGAACUGUUGAGUGGCCAGAGAAUGGCCAGUAGAUGAAAAAGUGGUCUGUUGUGUUGGCGACAAUGAUUAUCUAGAUUUUUGUUUUAGAUUCCGUCUCUCACAGUUGAAGUGUACCUAUGAUAAAAAAAUUACAGACCUCUACAUGCUUUGUAAGUAGGAAAACCUGCAAAAUCAGCAGUGUAUCAAAUACUUGUUCUCCCCACUGUACACCCACAUGUAAUAAUUUUUUUACGGCAUACUGUGAAAAACUCUUGGCUGCUGGCUCUGUCACUUUCAGACAUGCACAGAGCAGACUGAAAGGGAAAAGUAGCUCUUGACUUGAACCACAGGGGUUCUCUGUAAAGAGAGAGUAAUCCAAAAGGCAGAGAACUCAAACAAUACUGUGUUGAAAAGUUUAGAGAGGAAGUUGAUCAAAUCGAUUGGUCACCUGUGCAUAGUGUAUGGGUAGACAGUGCCUUGGAAGCCUUUAAAUGUAGAUUCCUUGAUGUGGUGAAUGUGAUGGCUACCAUUAGAUGGGUCAGGGUAAAGCAGAGAUCAAGCCCUUGGUUUAAUCAUGCAACACAGUCUCACAAUCAAUUCAUGCAUAUAUGUACAAAAUGCAUUUCAGCAAAUUAUGUGCGUUUUUGUGCGUUCUUCUGGCUUAAUUUGUGCGAAAAGACACAAAUUUAACCAGUAGGCUACACACAAGCCUUUUCAACAAGGGGAAAACUGAGGAUGGAUCAACAUUGUAGUUACUCCGUAAUACUAACCUAAUUGAUAGAGUGAAAAGGAAGCUUGAACAGAAUAAAAAAUAUUCCAAAACAUGCAUCCUGUUUGCAAUCAAGGCACAAAAGUAAUACCACAAAAAAUGUGAAAAAGCAAUUCACUUUUUGUCCUGAAUACAAAGUGAUAUGUUUAAGUCUAUGCUAGGUAAAGCUCCGCCUUACCUCAGCUCGCUGGUCACAAUAACCACACCCACCCGUAGCACGUGCUCCUGCAGGUAUAUCUCACUGGUCAUCCCCAAAGCCAACACCUCCUUUGGCCACCUUUCCUUCCAGUUCUCUGCUGCCAAUGACUGGAACGAAUUGCAAAAAUCGCUGAAGCUGGAGAUUUAUAUUUGCCUCACUAACUUUAAACAUUAGCUAUCUGAGCAGCUAACCAAUCGCUGCAGCUGUACAUAGCCCAUCUGUAAAAAGCCCACCCAAUCUUCCUACCUCAUCCCAUACUGUUUUUAUUUAUUUUUCUGCUCUUUUGCACACCAGUAUUUAUACUUGCACAUCAUCUGCUCAUCUAUCACUCCAGUGUUAAUUUGCUAAAUUGUAAUUACUUCGCUACUAUGGCUUAUUUAUUGCCUUACCACCUCACGCCAUUUGCACACACUGUAUAGACUUUCUUUUGUUUCUAUUGUGUUAUUGACUGUACACUUGUUCAUUUCACGUGCAACUCUGUUGUUGUUUGUGUCGCACUGCUUUGCUUUAUCUUGGCCAGGUUGCAGUUGUAAAUGAGAACUUGUUCUCAACUAGCUUACCUGGUUAAAUAAAGGUGAAAGAAAAUGUUAAAAAUCAUGGGAAGAUGUUGCCCAAUCCAGGUGUGGAAAGCUCUUAGAGACGUACCCAGAAAGACUCACAGCUGUAAUCGCUGCAAAAAUCCCACUUUGUAACGCAACAAAAUGUGGAAAAAGUCAAGGGGUGUGAAUACUUUCUGAAGGCAGUAUUUUAUUAAAUCAUGUAAAAACACACUAACAUAUGAUGCAAUUUACAGUAUACAGUAAAAUAAAGGCCAUUACAACAUAGUCAAGUCAAACAUAAAUCUUACACAGCUGUCUUGCCAUGCCAUUCUUUCUGUUUUAGUCAAACUGAUUUUCACCAAGAUUAGGAUAAUAAAUUCAAAAGCUACAAUUGAAGAAUUUCCAUAAAUCUUAAAUCUAUUUAGAAUAAUUCUGUUCUUAUACUAUAAAAACAACGAGUAGAGAAUGACAAAAAUAUGGACAGGUAUAGUCUCAUCAGAAGUCCUUGUGCUCCUUUAUAUAGGUCUAUGGCCCUCCUCCUCCUGACCCAUGGCACUGGGACGGCCCUGGUCCUGUCACCUAGUGUGGAGUGAUGAGCAGUAGCUCUGGAGGCCUACUGAGAAUGGCCUGUUCCAGACCCUGUCCUGUGGCCGUGCUGCUUUGGAGGAGAACACUCUCUAUCCUGUGGAUCCUGGCAGCGUGGAGGAUCAUCACAGGCUUCUGCUCUGCCAGCUCAGCUGACAGUCUGCCAAUACGCUCCUCCAGCUGUAAAUGACAACACAAAGAGCAUGAAAUUAAUCUGGAAUGACUACAAAAUAACAGGAAAAAUUGUUGCAUGAUAUAGCAUGAUUAUUAUGUGCUUGACCUGUUGUAACUUUUGAAUGUUCUUGUUUUCAUAGCUGAAGAUUUAUGGCUCAAAUGAAAUGAUACCUCCAGAGGAAUGCGUGCUAAAUCAAAGCCAUCCAUUUAGUUAUUCAUCAAAAAGUGGAUAGGAAACAUGUUAAUAAAAUAUUGCUUCUUGUUUUCUUCAA